AUGUCAAACAAUGGUCUCUUGGAAAAUCCUGCAGAGUUACUACGAGAAGUGCGUGAAAGCUUCAUAAUCGAUCAAGAUGUGGAAUCGCUGCUGACCAUUGAUGGGAAAAUAGAGCAGAUCAGGACAAGAUCCCAAGAGAAGCUUCGGGAUAAAAAACUAGAGAUAUCCAGAUUGGAAAUCCAGUUGAAGAACAGUGAAUCAAGAGUUAAUAGUUUGAGCAAGGAUUUAAAUCAAAUUAAGGAUGAAUCACAGGACUUGGUGAGCAAUAAUGACGUCGUGGAUUUCGUCAAGGAACUGGAUGAAUUAGAACAAUCGAUUGUCGAUCUGCGAAGUAAUUUGGGUGAGAAAGUGGCCAAAUUUGUACAAGGAAGUGAGGUUUCUUCCAAUGGUCAAUCACUGAUAUCUGAAGAAGCAUUGAAUAAGGAGGUUCAAUCUGAUAUACUACAGGAUCCAGAAGCAAGAGCAGACUUACUCAAGUUGAAGCUCUAUAGAUCACUGCGAAUUUUCAUUGAUGAUGUUAACCAUCAAGUCAUGAUCGAAGGAAAUGAUAACGAGAUCAAUACUCUCCCCUUGGAUGAUGAUCUCAGUGAUUAUUUCAGGACGAAGUACAUAUGGGAUAGGAUGAAGGCAAGUCGUUAA